AUGGACAAUACCAGGAUGAACUCCUUCUUAGAGUACGCAAUUUGUAAUCGUGGGACGAGCGCCUACUCAUCCAAGGGUUACCACCAUUCAGAACAAGGGAUAACAGCUUUCGCUCCUUGUGCAGGUAACGUUGACAAUUGCAAUGGUGAUGGACGAUUCUUAGUAGGAGGAAACGCGCACAAUGCGCUCCAGCAUCAGCACCAGCCAGCCAGUUAUUCCAGUCUGGGGAACCCAUUCGUCAGUCCAGGCCCCAACAACUACACGACCCAAACUUGCAACCCGGGUUACAAUCACCAUUACUUUUUCAACCAAGAAUCGGACGGGGCAUACUUUCAAACCUCGGGGUACACUGGCAAUAUAGCAUCCACUGUCAAUCCGCUUUCAGACGGUUAUUGUGGUGUCUCAGGGUCGGGUCAGUAUCAGCAUUCCUACGGCCAAGAGCAACAGGGUUUGGCGUAUGGGAUUUAUGAUAAUCUGUCUCCAUCUCAAGAGGGGGAAAAGGAACCUUCUUGCACCUCUGAUUCAUCUUCUUCGGGCCAGACGUUUGACUGGAUGAAAGUGAAAAGAAACCCUCCUAAAACAGCCAGAAUUGCUGAUUACGGGUUAGGUGGCCAGACGAAUACAAUGCGCACCAAUUUCACCACCAAGCAAUUAACAGAGCUGGAGAAAGAAUUCCAUUUUAACAAGUACCUAACCCGCGCCAGGAGAGUGGAGAUAGCGGCCACGCUCGAGCUGAAUGAAACCCAAGUAAAAAUCUGGUUCCAGAAUCGUAGGAUGAAACAGAAGAAGCGAGAAAAAGAGGGAUUUGCUCCCCACUUCUCCGUUAACGCUGCAAAGGAAACCGGGGACGGAUCAGACAAGUCAUCAACUACCUCUCCAUCCACAUCGCCCAGAUCGUCUACAUCAGAGAAUGUCCAAACCUCUUAA